UGCUAAAGUCGCAAAAUUGUGUUUAUUUUUGACACUGACUAGAUUAGGGUGUUUGUAAAAUAAUUAUUUUAGAAGACUCACUCAUUUGUCAAAAUGAGUGCCACAAGCAUUCAGAAAGCAGACAUUGAUAACAAACUUGAACGGGAGAGAAAUAAUCUGCUGAAUUUGAAUGAAGCCCUGAACAAGAGCAACACAAACACCAGCAACAUGCUGACAAUUCUGAACAGCUUUGAAAACCGUCUUAGGAAACUGGAGAGUACAGUAGAACCCGUCUACAAUGAAACUGAAAUGUUACGAAGAAGACAAGAGAACAUUGAAAAGACAAUGGUGACUCUUGAGAAUGUGCUGGGUUACUAUCAUAUUGCAAAGGAGGUGGAGGAAUUCAUUAAAGAAGGGCCUCACAAUUUUGGAUUAGAGAAAUAUUUAUCAAUAAUGGACAGACUAGUACAGGCUCAUAACUAUUUCAACAAGCAUAACCCAACAAGUCUGGAACUUACAGAUGUGAUUCGUGUUUACGAUGAUGGCAAAGAGGCGUUAGUGCUGGAAUUCCGGACACUUCUAGGAAGACAUUGUCGACCAGUACCAGCAGUCAUGAUAUUGGACAUGAUUUCAACUGACGAGGAACUGCAGGGAUCUGAAGAUAUCUCUCUAGAACACUUGCCAGAGAAGAUUCUGACAGAACUGAGCCUCAUUUCCACCUGGCUCUUCACUAAUACUAAAAAUACAGAGUACAUGAAGGACUACACUAAAGCCAGAUCCACCAUGCUGAUUCGAUCUCUACAAGGAUUGAAGGACCACCUUAAGACUAACACAGGGAGCAGUGGAAGUUCACUGUUUUCUGUGGGCAGCUCUCCAGCUCCAAGUGGAAAGAUGAAAACUCCCAAGGAUACUCCAGCCAGAAAAAGUGUCAGGAAAAUGGCACACUCAUUUAAACGAAGAGCAGCCACAGCAUUAAUGCAGUCACCUUUUGAUCCUGGACACAGGAGGCAGGGUUCCUAUAACGAGAUGCCAAAGGAAGAGAAUCUUGAUGUAGAAGUGGAUAUUUACAUCACAGAGUUGUCUGCCCUUCUGAAACUUGUACAGAGUGAAGCUCAGCUGAUGUUGGGGAUAAUUGCAGACAAGCAUCACAGAGAUGUGUUCGAUAACAUUAUACAGGAAGGCCUGGAUGCUGUUAUUAAAAAUGGAGAGCUGUUGGCAGCAAAUGCAAAGAAGAGCAUUGCAAAGCAUGAUUUUAUCAACGUCCUGUCUGUGUUCCCGGUGGUCAGACAUUUGAGGACCAUCAAAUCAGAAUUUGAUCUCACUUUAGAGGGAUGUGCCACGCCCACCAGAGCCAAGCUGACCUCCCUGCUGUCUACUUUGGGCAGUACUGGUGCAAAAGCUUUAGAAGAAUUUGCAGUCAGCAUCAAGAGUGAUCCAGAGAAGGCCUCCAUGCCGAAAGAUGGAACAGUGCAUGAAUUAACUAACAGGGCCAUCAUCUUCCUCGAGCCAUUGCUAGAUUACGCAGACACAGCUGGGGCAAUGUUACUGCUCCAUGGAGAACAACCAGCACCCUCUGAAGCUGUUGAUGUGAAAAAGAGUAAACUGAAACUUGCUGACUAUAUCACUAAAACCCUCUCAGCUCUGGGUCUCAACUUGAGCAACAAGGCAGAGACUUACAAUGACCCAACGCUGAGACCAGUAUUUAUGCUGAAUAACUACCACUACAUACUGAAAUCUCUCAGACGAUCCGGUUUGAUGGAACUCAUCCAUACUUGGAAUAAAGAUGUGGGACAAUACUACGAAGAUCGAAUCACUGAACAGAAGAAACAGUAUUCCGAAAGCUGGAGUAGAGUGAUGCAUUACAUCACAGAAGUCCACGAACCUAUCUCACAACAGAGAAUACAGGCCAUGAUUUCUAGCAAGGAAAGGUUGAAAGACAAGGAAAAACAAAAUAUCAAAGACAAAUUUUCCGGUUUCAACAAAGAGAUGGAAGAAAUUUUACGAAUUCAGAAAGGAUAUGCCAUUCCAGAUCCAGAAUUACGCGAGCAAAUGAAGAAAGACAACAAAGACUUCAUCCUUCCUGCAUACCGAAUGUUUCUGGAUAAGUAUAAGAGACUGAACUUUACAAAAAAUCCGGACAAGUACAUAAAGUACUCUGUACAGGAUGUGGCAGAAUUAGUAGUGGACAAACUGUUUGACAUGUCUGCUUAGUAACACUCCAAAAUGUUUGUGAUGUGAAAACUCGGUAUAUCUUUUGUCAUCAGUUUAAAAGCUAGAUUCUUCUUGCUCAGAAGUUCGGGAAAUAUCUCCACCACUUUCAAAAUAUACUAUAUAUGUACAUGUAUGUAUAAAGAUGGAAAAAUGGAACUAAAAUAUCAAUAUCUGCUUUAUUCAUUUUCAGCAAAACUUUUGAAUGUGAAUGCUUAUUUGUUUUGAACAGAACAGUUAUAAUGCCUGAAUAAUGUGCAAUAUAUUAUUGUGAUAAAUAUUUGUUAUAGAUGCAAAUUAAAAUAGAGGAAAAAAUUUCACUUUUCAUUGGUUUUUAAGUGUGCAUGUACUUCAGUAUUUGUACUAUGAGAAAGAAAGAUCUUAUCAUCUUGUCACAU